UGAGGGGGUUGCGCGGUCGGGCGGCGGGGGCGGUUGUGUGGAUGAGCGAGCGAGCGAACGCCAAGAGAGGAGCAGCGAGCGUGAGAGCGCGCGUUUAUAGAUUGUUGUUUGUGUGCUUGCGGGCUAUGCACCUUAAUACAUCCACAUACGUAAAUAUGUAUGUGAGUACGUGUGUGUGUUUAUAACUGUGUGAGUGCGUGGCUGUGUUCGUCGUUCGGUGUGUGCGCGCGCGGCGGAGGUGGUGAUAAUUUUUUUUGUUGGCACAAAUUGCCGUAUAGUUAGCCAGUCCAGUAGUAAAUAGCACAACUUAUGUUCAGUGAUUUUUUUUUUUGAACACAACUCUCACUGAUGAUGAUGCUGUGCGUGAGUGAGUAUGUGUUUAAGAUUGUAGUUUAUUGGCAACUUUAUACGAGUGUAAAUCCAAAUGUCAGCUGUUACAGGCAACAUGUACUAUAAAAGCUCCACAGUAAAACGAAGAAAAAGAGCAAAUUGCCUUAGUCCAGGACAACAACAAGAAGAAGCUUGCUGCUAGCAAAGCAAUAAAGAAGAAGAGCAACAGCAUCAAAAUCAGAAGAGAGCAGCAAAAACAAAAAGAAAGAAAUAGAAAAAGAACACUUAACAUCUACAAUCAACAAAAAAAUUAAUAAUAAUUAUUAAAAGGAAAGACUACACUACGCAAGACACAAAUACAUAUUUUUUUUUUUUGGCUCUUUCUAUUUCUGAUUUGCUCGCUUCCAAACUUCGGCUGUACUGCGCUCAACUUAACUCACAAAGCACAACUCUCCAAUUCUAGAAAACGAGUUCGCAAGGAAGCAACAAAGCAAAGAGCAAAAUUAUUAAAAGGCAAGUACGAAAGUAGUGGGACACAAAGUAGGAGAAGGAGGAGGAGAAGGCGAAGAAGGAGCAGGAGAAGGAGCAGCAGCAGCAGGUGCGAUAAUACGAUUAGCAGCAGCCAUGACAAUCAUACUCUUUCUGGUGGACACCUCGUCGUCCAUGUGCCAGAAGGCGUAUGUGAAUGGUGUGCAAAAGACAUAUCUAGACAUUGCCAAGGGAGCUGUUGAGACGUUCCUCAAGUAUCGACAGCGUACACAGGAUUGUUUGGGUGAUCGCUAUAUGCUAUUAACAUUCGAGGAGCCACCGGCCAAUGUAAAAGCCGGCUGGAAGGAGAAUCAUGCGACCUUUAUGAAUGAACUGAAGAAUCUACAGAGUCACGGUCUCACCUCAAUGGGCGAAUCGUUGCGUAAUGCCUUCGAUUUGUUAAAUUUAAAUCGAAUGCAAUCGGGCAUCGAUACAUAUGGGCAAGGACGUUGUCCAUUCUAUUUGGAGCCAUCGGUGAUAAUUGUCAUUACCGAUGGCGGUCGCUAUUCACAUCGGAAUGGUGUACACCAGGAGAUCAUACUGCCGCUGAGUAAUCAAAUACCUGGCACCAAGUUCACCAAAGAACCUUUCCGCUGGGAUCAACGUCUAUUUUCGCUGGUGCUUCGAAUGCCCGGCAAUAAAAUCGAUGAACGUGUCGAUGGAAAAGUGCCUCACGAUGAUUCGCCCAUUGAGCGGAUGUGCGAGGUGACCGGUGGACGAUCGUAUCGUGUACGCAGUCACUAUGUGCUCAAUCAAUGCAUUGAGAGUCUCGUGCAGAAAGUACAACCUGGCGUUGUCCUUCAAUUUGAGCCAAUGUUACCCAAGGAGUCGAGCAGUGGCAGCAGCAGUAGCAGCAGCAGCUCGACAGCAGGAACAGGAGGCAGCACAGUGGGUGCAGCGGUUGGGGGAGGUGCAGGAGGAUCUGGUGGAGGCGGCGGCAGUGGAGUAGGAGGAGGAGGAGUAGGUGUAGGAGGUGGAUCAACAGCAACAGCAUCAAACGAGCCCACGCCCGAUAUUGUCUUCCAGCCCAUUAAAAAGAUGAUCUAUGUACAAAAGCAUAUAACACAAAAGACCUUUCCCAUUGGCUAUUGGCCAUUACCAGAGCCUUAUUGGCCCGAUUCCAAGGCCAUAACGUUGCCACCACGCGACGCACAUCCCAAGCUUAAGAUUCUGACACCCGCCGUGGAUGAGCCGCAGCUGGUGCGCAGUUUUCCCGUGGAUAAAUAUGAAAUUGAGGGUUGUCCGCUAACCCUACAGAUACUCAACAAGCGGGAGAUGAACAAAUGCUGGCAGGUGAUCGUUUCCAAUGGCAUGCAUGGCUUUGAGUUGCCCUUUGGUUAUCUAAAGGCGGCGCCCAACUUUACCCAGGUACAUCUCUAUGUUCUGGCCUAUAAUUAUCCGGCGUUAUUGCCACUCCUGCAUGACCUCAUCCACAAGUAUAACAUGAGUCCGCCCAAUGAUCUCAUGUAUAAAUUUAAUGCCUAUGUCCGGUCCAUACCGCCGUAUUACUGCCCGUUUCUGCGCAAGGCGCUGGUCAAUAUCAAUGUGCCGUAUCAGCUGCUGCAGUUCCUGCUGCCCGAGAAUGUGGACAACUAUUUGUCGCCAACGAUAGCGAAUCAGCUGAAGCAUAUUAAGAAUACCGCCAAGCAGGAUCAGGAGAAUCUUUGCCUGAAGGUCUACAAGCAGUUGAAACAACCGAAGCCACCCUACCGUCAGGUGGAAACGGCCAAAUUGUGCACUGGUGCUGCACUGCGUCGGGAUUUGGUGCGACAUCCGUUGCUGCGCGACACGUUUGCCAAGCUGCAUGCCGAGAUCGAGCCCGUCGAGAAUUAUACAAUUGUGGUGCCUCAGCUGACGCAUCAGUCGUCGGCGAAAACUUAUCGCAAUCCAUUUGAUAUUCCACGUCGGGAUCUGGUGGAUGAGAUUGCGCGGAUGCGUGAAACGUUCCUGCGACCGGCCAGUCUGGUGGCCAAAGAUUCUGGUCAUUGUCUGCCCAUCGCCGAGAUGGGCAACUAUCAGGAGUAUUUGAAGAAUAAGGAUAAUCCGUUGCGUGAAAUUGAGCCGACAAAUGUGAGGCAACACAUGUUCGGUAAUCCCUAUAAGAAAGAUAAGCACAUGGUCAUGGUGGAUGAGGCUGAUCUCAGUGAUGUGGCGCCCAUGAAAUCGCCCAAUGGCAACGGUGGCGGUGGCAUCUCCCCAUCCUCUAGUGGCAACGGCGGCGGCGGCGGCGGCAAUUCAAGCAGCAUUGGUCCUGUGGGUGCCGGCAUGUCUGUCCUUAUGCUGGGCGGUGGCAAUGGAAACGGCGGUCCGAUGGGCGGUCCCAACUCCAAGAAGCUGGACGGCACAGCGCGUGGACGCAAACGAAAGGCGGGUCCAUUGCCUCGGGCAUUCGAAUUCCGGCGUCUCUCCACGGAUUCCAUGCGUAGCGUCAACUCGUCGUCCAGCUCGACGGUCAGUUCGACGUGUAGCAGCGUUGGCCUUGGCAGCGUCGGCGAUUUGAUGGUGGAUGAGGACAGCAACAGCAGCUAUGCAUCCUCAAUAUGCUCGGAUGCGUCCAGCAUCAGCAGCACCAGUGAUUCCGGCAUGUCCAUUGGACAUGGUGUGCAUACAACAGAACGCUUGACCUUUGACUUUAGCGAGGAGGAGGCCAGCGAUCAGGAGACGUCGCUCAAUGGUUACGUACACAAUUUCAUCAAUGGCAUCAGCGAUGAGGCCAACGCCAUUGAAGCGGACAGCAAUAGCAACAGCAGCAGCAGCAACAACAACAACAACAACAGCAACAAUAACAACAACAACAGCAGCAGCAGCAAUGUCGGUGGAAGUUGCAACAUUACCAAUAGCAGCAGCAACAUAACCAAUAGCAGCAACAGCAGUGCCAGCAACAGCACAUCAGCGACAGUUGCAGCAACAGCAAUCAGUACAGCAGCAAGACUGUUGCCAGAAGCUGUGAUAGGCACAGCAGCAAUAUCGACAUGCACAACAAUUGCAGCGGCAGCAGCAGCAGCAAGUAAUGGUACGCCCGACAGCAACAUCACCAGCAGCAGCAGCAGCAACAUAACCAACAGCAGCAACAUCACCGGCAGCAGCAACAUCAGUAGCAGCAGCAGCAACAUCAACAGCAUCAUCAGCAGCAGCAGCAACAUCAUCAGCAGCAACUGCAGUAGCAGUAGCAUCAGCAGCCAUGUCAACAGCAACAACAACAACAACAAUUGUCACAUUAACAAUACCAACGAUGUGUUGUAUGUGCCUCUCAAUGGCCUGACCAUGCAACAUGCGGCAUACAGCAGCAAUGCUAGUCCCAUGUCUACAGCAAUGGACAGUGGCAUGUUGAUGAUGCCCGCGACAGCGACAACGACAAUAUCAGCCAUGAGCAAGCUUGCAACAGGUGCGUCAGCAAUGCCACCGCUAUUGCUAAUGCCCAAUGGCUAUGGCAGUCAUCAUGGAUUGCCGACUGGUGGCAUGUUGUCGCCGCCAGCAGCGUUAGCAACAACAACAGCAGUGUCGGCGCUAACUGGAGUUGGCACGGCAACUGGAACAUCAUCUGCGGCAGUGGCAACAACAACAACAACAACAGUAGGUGCAGCUGCACCAGCAGCGACAACAACCAAUAGCAGCAGCAUCGGCAGCAGCAGCACAACAACACCAACAACGUAUUUCACUCACAAUGACAUCAAUGAUGCCUCAGAGAUCUCGCGCAUAUUGCAAACUUGCCACAAUGGCAACAGCGGCAGCAGCAUAAGCAACAGUAGUAUCAGCAAUAGCAGCAACCUCGGCAAUGGCAUCGGCAUCGGCAGCAGCAGCAGCGUGUUGAAUGGCAAUGCCAGCGAUGGUAAUGCCAAUGACAUCGAUACUGAUCUCUCGGCGAAUAGUUUUGAUGCACUAAAGCGCACAGCUGGUGCAAUUGGAAGCAGCACGGUAGCUAAUAGCAAUCCGCAUUUUUAUUGGGGCAGCGGACUAAACCAUCACAUCAGCAGCCACACCAACAGCAACAAUAAUGGCAACAACACCAGCAAUAACAACAACAACACCACAACAAAUAGCAACAGCAGCAGCAAUAAUAAUAGUAGCAACAAUUCUCAUAGGAAUUUUAACAAUAGUAGCCCUAAGUUGGAACCAAAAGCAUCGCCGACGCACAACAACAAUGGUGAAGACGCAAUGACAUCGCCAGAUCGUGGAUUAACGGAGGAGCAACGGGAAGCGGCACGUAGACAUAAUGUGGAUUUGCGUUUGCAAAUCUUUCGUGAUAUACGACGACCUGGACGGGAUUACAGUCAAUUGUUAGAGCAUUUGAAUUUGAUAAAGGGCGAUCAGGAAAUGAAAUCGGAUUUCAUAGACAUGUGCGUCAGCGAAUCGAUGCGUUUUCGGCGUCAUCAGAUGGUGUGCAGCAUACAAGAAUGGUGGGAGCAGAAGCAGCAGCAAUUGGAGAUCACAAAGAGUUAACGUUGGCUGCUGUGGAAUUGAGCGUGCAACCAGCAACAGCAGCAGCAGCAGCAACACCACGCAACAUGUCUGUGAUGUCAACAACAACAACAACAACAACACCAAUAACAACCACAACAACAACACUAAACUAAUAAGCAGAGUUAGAAUUAAUUAUAUACUA